AUGCUGAUGGUGACCUGGCUGCCAGCCGUGGUGGUGCUCCAUCAGCGUUACCUACCCAACAUCUUCACCUGCUCUAAACCUCCCCCACAGCAGAGUGGGUUCUGCACCCACACCCUCUGUGCCAACCUGUGCCAGAAGGCCAGCAAGUGCCUGUUCACCGUCUCCGAGGCCUCCCGGAUCUUCUUUGAGAAGGUGCUGCCCUGCAUCGUGAUCAAGUUGCGCUACCUCUGGCUCUUCUGGUUCCUGGCCUUCACUGUGAGAGGGGCAUACGUGGUGUGUGUCAACCCCAAGAUGAAGCUGCCCUCCCUGGAGCUCUCAGAGUUCUAG